UGGGAAGGAAGGGGUUAAUGCUACGUUCCCGGUUGCCAUAGUGAUGGUCCGAGCCAUUCGAGAGUACUUCUGGAAUACCAACGUCAAGGUGGGGUUCAAGCCGAUGGGCGGUAUCCGCAGUGCGAAGGACUCUCUGCUCUGGCUGUCCCUGAUGAAGGAGGAGCUGGGGGAGGAGUGGCUGAGCCCUGCGCUGUUCUGCCUGGGAGCCAGCAGCCUGCUGAGUGACAUUGAGAGACAGGUCCAUCACAAUGGAGACUGAAGCCAGCCCUGACACACACUCACAUUGAGAGACAGGUCCGUCACCAUGGAGACUGGAGCCAGCCCUGACACACACUCACAUUGAGAGACAGGUCCGUCACCAUGGAGACUGGAGCCAGCCCUGACACACACUCACAUUGAGAGACAGGUCCGUCACCAUGGAGACUGGAGCCAGCCCUGACACGCACUCACAUUGAGAGACAGGUCCGUCACCAUGGAGACUGGAGCCAGCCCUUACACACACUCACAUUGAGAGACAGGUCCGUCACCAUGGAGACUGGAGCCAGCCCUGACACGCACUCACAUUGAGAGACAGGUCCGUCACCAUGGAGACUCGAGCCAGCCCUGACACGCACUCACAUUGAGAGACAGGUCCGUCACCAUGGAGACUGGAGCCAGCCCUGACACGCACUCACAUUGAGAGACAGGUCCGUCACCAUGGAGACUGGAGCCAGCCCUGACACACACUCACAUUGAGAGACAGGUCCGUCACCAUGGAGACUGGAGCCAGCCCUGACACACACUCACAUUGAGAGACAGGUCCGUCACCAUGGAGACUGGAGCCAGCCCUGACACACACUCACACUCACUCAACUCUUUCUUUUCCUGCCAGCUUGGUAGAAUAUUUGUCUCUAAUUUAAUUGACACUGGAAACCAAGCAGAGCAGCGGCCAGGGGUGUCUGUUUCUGUUUUAUCCUCUAAACUUUUAAACUUUAAUAGUGAACACAUUUUAAAACUUAAAACUUGUGACUUCAAGUAUUAGAACAGACGUAGCUCCCUCAAGGAAGUAGAGGCUGAUGAGCAUUGAGGACUGGACUCCAAAUCAGAUAAACAGACUGAGGAAGUGAACUGAAAUAUAGAACUUGUUCGGUUUUAGUUUAAAUUGGCAGUAGGAGUUAAUUAAAGACUGGAAAGGCUUUCAAAAUGCGGCCCUGACAAUACUUUCAACUGUUUUAUUCACUAGUUUUGCAGCAUGUAAAGCAGUGAAACAUCUCGAUAAACGAAAUGCAUCUUUUCUCUGGAUACAUUGACCGCACUGCCUUCGCUAGAGAAUCAUGUCUUUGUGUUGUAAGAGCAGACACUUUAGUCCCUUAAGAAGUCUUAAAUAUUAACCGCUGGCUGUUAAUUACUGAACCUCACUCCAGUUUAUAAAGGUCUGGAUUAUCUGUCUGCUGUGUUAUUAAUUACACUCCUGCAGUCUUAGAUUAGACCACAAAAAAAGAGCUGUGGUAAAUUCUAUAGCGCAGGCUUGAUCUUCAUAUCUAAAUUACUGCUACUCCAAUUGGUUAGUUUACAAAAAAAAAAAGAAAGAAAGGUUUUUGAACUCGCUGGUCAUUAUUAAUGGAGAUUCCCUGCUGUUAAAAAGCUGAAAUACUUUAAGAGUGUUUCUGUGGGGAAAACUUGGAGUUAACUUACUGACCAAUUGGAGGACAAAGGCCAGCCCUGCGGGUGUCCGCCCGAUCUCACUGAGCGCCUGGCUGGUAGGGUCCACUGUAGAGCAAUGAGGAGAAACAGUCCCUGACAGUUUUGCAUCCCUGACACACCAAAGCCAAUGCGAUACUCCCUCCAGAAUCCCCAAUGAAGACCGACGACUUCACAGCCAGGACGCAAACCUACACUCCCCUGACUGUAUGACUCGCCCUGCACACCACACGGUCAGGCCUUUACCAGGGGAGACUCUCAGGGACCCCUGCGCUCCCCUGGCUGUGUGACUCGCCCUGCUUACCACGCGGUCAGGCCAUUACCAGGGGAGACUCUCAGGGACCCCUGCGCUCCCCUGACUGUGUGACUCGCCCUGCACACCACGCGGUCAGGCCUUUACCAGGGGAGACUCUCAGGGACCCCAAGCUUCACAUGGUACUGUUCUGUGAAGGGCUGAGAGUAAAGCUGUGUGUUUUUCAAACCCUAAGACUCACCAGCCUUGAAUUCUUGUGUUGACAGAUAAAUAUGUUGACAGAAAGUCCAAUAGAGGGACUUUAUGUCUUUCUCGUGGGGCGUCUUUAAUAGAAAAGCCACCAGGAAAGGAAAGGAUUUAGGAUUCAGUGGGGGUUAAGUGAGUUUAAAUGAUUCAAUGGCUCAAAAAUGUAGCCUUCAUUUAGCUACUCUGUUUAACUUUUUGAUUAAAUGUCAGAUGCACUGCCCUUGACACUUAGGGUUAUUGAAAAACGGAAUGGAUUUGUUAGAAGCUUGUACUGUCGGUAUACUGACAAGGAAGCAAACGGCUGGGUUGUUUAUGUACAUUUCAAAUAGGGUUUAUGUCCCUUAUAAAAGUUUCCCACAGUAGAUAGGAAAGUGUAAUAAAGCACAGUGAAAGCACAGUAAAGCACAGGGAAGCGUUGUAAAGCAAUGGUCUGGUACAGCAUAAGGAUAAGUGUCUGCUAAGAAAUAAAUAAUAAUAAUAAUUGUACCUCCGCAUAUCACAGCCCUGCUCAGCCCCUGUGUAACACUCUGAUGUUGUGCUGGUAAUUACUCUGGCAAUGAGAACGAUCAUGUGUUCUGCCAUAAGAUAAUUGCCAAUUACAUCAGCAUUAGGAAGGCUUUAGUGAACAGGAACAAACAACACUGCUCUCAAAGCAGUCCCGGGAGAAGACAGGCAGGUUUUUGUUUGGCAUUAAAGACAGAAAGCUUAAAGCCUUAACACACGUGUGUCUCAGAGCACAAGCUGUAUGUAAUCUGAUACAUUAGAUUUAGACUUAACUUUUGCAGGUUAAUCAUUUUAAAAAUGAUAUCUGGUACGUAUGCGAGGUUAGAGACAUUUCUCAGUUACUGUUCAGGUCGUUUCACUUUGGCAAGGCAUUCUUGGUGAAAUGAACUAAGAGACAUCAAUGGCUUUCUAAAGCAAGGCUAGCAAACAGACAGUGUAAUAGCAGAUCAUUUAUAAAGAAAGGACUUGUUUGGUAUUGCAUGUGUUUCUUUUCAAACUGCACAUCUGAGCUCAUUAUAGCAAAUUGAAGUGCAUGAUGGGUAAGAUUUGGGGCAUUAUUUUGUCAGAUGCUACAAAUUUGAACUGUCCAAAUUACAGUCUCAGAAAUCAUCAACAAGGGGCAGUGCUGUAGCAACUCGAUUACAGGAGCAUCCCAGACAUCAGAGUGAACACCUGGUUCUAACAGCGAUGUCAGCGGCUUGUAUAACUCAAGCACAACACUAACACCACUCGGGCAGCUGAGUCUAAAAGAGCGACAAGCUUUGUCUUCAGUCUGGGUUCAUGAUCCUGAUUGACGUCACUAGAGCAAUCGUCCGCCCUUAAAGAAUAUGGUGUUUCUGUCAGGGCUAUGGCAAUCUGCUGCUGUAUAACCAGUACCUGAAACGCAGCUUUCCUGCCCCGGGGUUUCGCACAACAAACCUUGCAUCAGUCCCAGAGCAUCGAGAACAUGCUGCUCUCUCCUGCCUUGCAGUCUGUGUGUCUGUCAGUGUGUGUGUCUCAGUGUGUGUGUGUGUGGUGCAGUGUGUGUGAGUGUGUGUGUCUCUGUGUGUGUGUGUGAGUGUGUGUGUGUGUGUCUCAGUGUGUGAGUGUGGUGCAGUAUUCCUCCCCAUGCUGCUUGUUUGUUUGUUGUUUGCAUCCUGGUUGGUAGGUAACUGUCUCACUGGCCCCUAACCCUAUGCGCUGGGGAUCAGCCUGUUCCUAGCCUGGGCAACACCAGAAACAAUACGAUGUUCCAAUCUGCUGAGUCCAAACACUGUGCAAGAUGUGCCUCCUGCCUACAAGGGGAAAUCUCAGAAUCGCUUAUUCAGAUGCCAGUUGCAAACAGAAAUGCUAGUUAUGAAAAAACAGGCACUGCAUGAGAAGAGGCUGGACAGUCCUAGGAGAAAGGAUGGCAGCAGUUACAAUGUGCGCCCACAGAAUGACAGAGCUUGCACAAAAAGUAAUGCUACUGACUGGCGAACGGAAGGGGUCAGCUUCAAGAGCACAGCGUCCAGAAGCAAUGCCACAGUGACAGUGCCGGCUCUGGCCACUGGGACUCUCAGACUCCCCUCUGUGUCGUUCCCCGGACGCAGGAAGCUGAGGGGGCUCUCCUUUGUUCAGCAGCACGCCCUUGAAGACGCUGACUCUCUCAAGCAGAGCUGCCCGCAAUCAGAUGAACCGAAGAAAGUCUUGCUCCACUACGGAACCGGCUCUCUAAAGACAGAAGCGCAAAGAAACCUGUUGGCCAUCUCCAGCAGACGGGUAGAAAAACUGAGUGGGGCUUUGGGCAGGCCCCUGCCGCCCAUCGGAGUCUACCCCCAGAACUCGGAAGCUGCCGGGGGUCCCAGAACUUCAGACAGCCUGGGAUCCCAGCCAGGCCGGGCUUCUAAGAAGAGGCUGCACGGAUCUAGACAUGCAUACCCAGUCUCCUUCCCUGCAAACCGCUCCAGGGAGCUCCAGAGGCUCUGGGCAGAGCACUGCAAGGGGCUGCCUGCCUUCAACGUUGCCCUCCUGAAGAGUGUCUCCACCCAGACUAGGCGGUCUCCCAAGGCGAGGUGCCUGGAUAAGAGCACCACCACCUCUUCCUGGUCCAAGGCAAGUCAAGAUGCACUGGGGACCAAGAGGGAGGAAGCAGAGAGAGUCGGUGUGUCUGCCCUUGUGCUCCGGGAUCAUCUGCUGAGGGAACACCACGUCAGGAAAGAAGGCUCAAAACUAUCAGGGGGGUCACUGAGCCAACCAGGGAUCCCUUCUCCUGGGAGAGCAGGAGAACCCCAGCCUUCCUCAGAUCCCUCCUGGAAGAGCCCCUUCCUGUCUGUGAGUGGCUAUGUUUGUGCCUCGACUCCACCCCACUCCCUUCACAGUGACAGUGGGGAGGAGGAGGAGGAGGGCUUUGUGCUGAGUCUACCAGUCCCUGUGCUCAAUCUUCCAAUGCCUGGCCAUCAUCCCUAAUCUUCUGUGAAAUGAAGGAGACACAUUGAGUCCUGCACUGCAAGUUGAGCUAAUGGCAUUACAGUGACAACACAAUCAACAAGACUGGCUCUAACCAUUUCUAAAGCUGCAACAGAUUCGUUAACAAGCUAGUUAACACUUCAGCUAGUUGCCAUACGUUAAUAAAAACCUUUCCUGAAAGUAAAGCUCGACAGACUUUUCACGUAGACCGCAGCUGAAUAUUUAAAACAAGAAAGAGGACAGGCCAAUAAUCCACAGCUUGUUUGAAGUAUUUAUUUAUUUAUUUAUUUAUUUAUUUAUUUAUUUAUUGCAGUUGAACAUACGUAAUAUUAUUCACUUUGGAUGCAUUUACUAUACAGACAAUACAAUAUAUAUUUAUAAUGCCUCUGAUUCAAUGGAGGUACCUCUAGGCUUUUGAUGCCACAGUAACCACACUCACUUCUGUCUAUUUAAAUCUAUGAAUGUGUUUGUGAUGUCAUUUACUACAUAGUUAAUGAUGUAAUGAUCUACUAUUCCUUUCUAUUUAAACCUUCAGGCAUCGUGGUAUUAAGUCUAUGUAUCCAUUUAUUUUUCUUUAUCAUUCUAUAUUAUUAUUAGUGGGGCUUGCGAAGCAAGAGUCCCCACUUUAAAUCUUCGACAUACUUCUUCUUCUUCUUCUUCUUCUUCUUCUUCUUCUUUUUCUUCUUCUUCUUCUUUGGCACGCUGCUCCUCUUACACCGUUUAAGCCAGAAACGCCGUUCAAACUUUAAAACGUGUAGACCGGUCUGGAGUAGUGUGCUUGUAUACAACUUUUUUUGUCCAUCUUCCUUCACUUUAAUGGGACUUUUUUCAACAUUCUAAAGCUCCUCAUUGUUUAAAAACUCCCAGACUUCCAACAUUCUGUUUACUGUAAAUGAUGUAACUUUUGACACAAAUCAGCUACUUUGACCACUUUCCCAACAAGAAAGACAAAAAGUUAGAGCAUAUGGAAUCUUCAUCUACUUCUCUGCUAUUCAAAUCUGAAAUCAAAACAGAAAUAACUUUUACCAAUCAAGAGGUACAGCUGUUUUAGUAACCGCAUCAACUCAAUUUUCUCAACUUUUUAUAAACAACUGCCAUUUUGACCACUUUCCCAACAAAUUAGACAACUACUUAGAGCAAAUGAAAUCUUCCUCUACUUCUCAGCUAUUCAAAUAUGCAAUCAAAACAGGAAUGGCGUCUACCAAUCAAGAGGUACAGCUGUUUUAGUAACCGCAUCAACUUCUUUCAGUAGGCUACUUCCCACUGUUGAAUUAACUGUCAUAGAACUUUGAGAAAUUUCAAAUUCUAGCACAUUCUAAGCAUGGGACAAUUAGUAAACAAUGUGACUUUUGACACAAAUCAGCAUCUUUGACCACUUUCCCAACAAAGCAAGCCCCACAACUUUACUUGUAAAGUUACCAUCUAGUUAUUAUUUAUUUCUUAGCAGACACCCUUAUCCAGGGCAACUUACAAUUGUUACAAGAUAUCACAUUAUUUUUACAUACAAUUGCAUUAUAUUUUUACACAUUAUUUUUACAUACAAUUACCCAUUUAUACAGUUGGGUUUUUACUGGAGCAAUCUAGGUAAAGUACCUGGCUCAAGGGUACAGCAGCAGUGUCCCCACCUGGGAUUGAACCCACAACCCUCCGGUCAAGAGACCAAAGCCCUGACCACUACUCUACACUGCUGCCAUAUAGUGCACAUUAUCUAAAUGUAUUUCUUCUAAAACUACAACAUUGUAAUAAAUAUUUCUUAAAAAUAAAUAUGCAACGGCAGCAUUACUGGUCUAUAAGGUUACAAAGCAGUCUCCAUAGAAGAGAAUGUGUCAUAGAACAGACUUUGUCGUGUUGUAGAAGCUUCUCGCGGAGAACACUGCUCUCCCAUCUCAAUCCAGUUCUAGGCUCAAAUUACUGUAUCUGCCAAUGAAAUCAACAGGAAAAUAAACAGGCUGACACAAGCAAGACUUUUUUAAACGUGUACCUAAAUGAAGGUUUGGGAACUAUAUGACGAUUUAUUGAAUUUUUUGGUGCGUAGGCAUUUUGUAACAUUUAAAUAAACAAAAAUCAUUUUACUUGAAUUUUAUUUUGGGAUAUUAAUUUAAGCACUGGUAAGAUGUGAAGUUAAAGGGGAAUAUUGUUUAAAAUACGAAAUUAGCUAUAUACAAUGAACAGAAAAAUGGAUAAUUUGAAGAUAUAUAUAGAAUUGAUUUACACUGAUUGAUAAAAGUUAAUUUUUUUAAAUUUAUUUUGAGAUACUGUAAUUAAUGUAUAUACUAAUCCUAUGUAGUUUACUUAAUUACCCCUAGAAAGUCAAUAUUAAAAUAUCCGCUACAUAGAGAUACCCGCAGAUAGAUAUUUGAAUCCCUGUUGAAAUUUUACAAAGAUUUUAUUUAAAGUUUUUUACCCCCCCUUCCCCCAGUUCACCGAGGCAUUAUCAUGUGGUUAAUUGUAGUAGUGAUAAUUGUUAAUUGUCUGCUAGCUGGGAAUAAUUGUAAAUUUAAACCAGCUGUAAUGUGUAAAAGGACAGCAGCCAGUCUGCUCUGGGCUGCUGUUUGUGUGAAGAGCUUGACGGUGCGUUUGUAAAGUAAAGUAAAGUAAAGUAAAGUAAGGUAAAGUAAGGUAAAGUAAAGUAAGGUAAAGUAAAGUAAAGUAAAGCAAGGCAAGGCAAGGCAAGGCAAGGCAAGGCAAGGCAAGGCAAGGCAAGGCAAGGUAAGGUACUGUGCAAAUCCUUUUUCUGCAAAGUGUGUUUUGUUUUAAAUCGGUAAGCAGAGUAGCUGCCUGAUUUGUUAAUGUAAGGUUCCUGUGGAAGAGUUUAGUUUAGUACUCUGAACGGAGUUCAUAUAUAAUGUAGCGGGUGCUACUGAUUUUAUUAUAUUCAGUGAACGUUAGGGCUUGAUUUGCUAAAAUACCCUGAUUUUAGAUGUUUAAUUAACGUAGCUGAUCAACACCAUCAACAGGUGUUGUGGAUUGGGAGAUUGCGAAAUGAUUAGUUUACCUUUUAAAAGUGCCAUAGCUCCCCACUGUUUUUCUUAGUGUUAAUACGGGUUAUUUUUGUUAUAUAAUUUUAGCAACGCUUGCAAAUCAAGCGAUAGUUAUUUGAGAAACUGUUGCACACAGCUGAUUCACCAUUUGCCUAUAGCAUACUUUAUAUCCAAACUAAGUCUUCUGUGGAGGCGGUGCGCGUCCUGUUGCUGGGAUAGCGAUAGUCGCUGCAGGGUGUUUUAUUUUGGAUUUUGGGGUAUUUGGUUGAGCACUGUGUCUGUUUGUGUUUAUUUCUGAUUCAGUUAAUCUACUUUUGAUGAUUUUGUAGUCUAAGUUUAUUUGUUUCGUUCUCAUUUGCGUUGGUUAUUUUGUUUCACUGAUUUGGUUCUGUCUGUUGUGAUUGGUCACUAGGUGGCUCUAUCGCCCUCCUGUCUUUUGGUAUCUGCCAAUGAAGGAAAAUAAACAGGCUGACACAAGCAAGACUUUUUUAAACGUGUACCUCAGGGGUGCACAAUUCCGGUCCUGGAGGGCCGGUGUCCCUCCUGGCUUU